UCCCUUUCCAGUCUCCAUGGCGAAGGUCCAUCCCAACGCGACGGCCGCCGUUCAGGAUGAAAAAACGCCGGAGAUCUCCGUCGGCCGGAAGGAGGUCGGCGGAGCGGCGUCGCUGACGGUUUGGCGGAAGUCUUUGUUGUUCGGUUGCAGCGGGUUCACCGUCUUCGACUCGAAGGGCAAUUUGACGUUUAGAGUCGACGUCUACGGCUCCGCCGUCGGUGUCCUCGUCCUCAUGGAUCGUUGUGGCAACCCAGUGCUCACCCUCCGUCGAAAGAAGCUGAGCCUGGGAGAGACGUGGCUGAUAUUUAAGGGCGAGGAGGACUCCGUCGACCCGGUUUUCUCCGUCAAGCGGCCGGUGAGCCUCCGCCACGGCAGGGCGCUGGCGCACGUGACGCCCUGCCACAACAGCGGCGGCGGCCGGUACGAGGUCGAGGGGUCGUACGCGCGGCGGAGCUGCCGCGUCUACGACGAGCGCCGGCGUCCGGUGGCGGAGGUCCGGCGGAAGGAGGCCGCCGGCGGCGUGGCCUUCGGCGGUGACGUGUUCCGUCUCGUGGUCGAGUCGGAUUUCGACUCGUGUCUCGCAAUGGCAGUCGUGAUCGCGCUCGACCAGAUGUUUGGGUGAUUAGAUGUUUUUAAUAUCUUCUAAUCAUCAGUUAAUAAAUCGGCUAGAAAAAUCAAAAAAAAAUGAGAGUGUGUAUAUAAAUUACCUCGUUUUAACAUAAAUACGCCAAUAAUUAACCAAAUCUCACUUGUU